ACCCAGCAAGAAAAGGAAUUCCCAAGGGCACAACGCAUCUUAUUUGAUUUUGCUCUCACAAUUCAAUUCAUUCCAAUCACGUUCUCACACACACAGCGUGUUGUGCUCAAUUCGAUUCUCUCUUUCAUCUUCUCCGUUCUCUCUCCAAUGGCGUCCUCUCCCAACGACACCACCCCCACACAGGAAAACCCUAACAAAACCCUAGAACCCGAAGAAGAAGCCGAAGAACCCACCCCACCCCAAUCCGAACCCCAAUCCCAACCAGAUCCAAUCGCCGCCGAACCUGAAACUGAACCCGAACCAGAACCAGAACCCGCCAGCGAUGCUCCUCUCUCCGAUGUUCAGAAGAAGAUGCGCCGCGCUGAGCGAUUCGGGAUUACCGUCCAGUUAUCCGAGAAAGAGAAGCGCAAUUCUCGUGCAGAAAGGUUUGGUACUGUGUCCGCAUCAUCGCAGGGAUCAGAGGCAUCGAAAUCGGAGGAUCUGAAGAGGAAGGCUAGGGCUGAGAGGUUUGGAAUGCCUACUCCUUCUACUGGUGCUGAUGAAGAUGCAAAGAAGAAAGCUCGUCUUGCUAGGUUUGCACCACCUUCUAAGGUUGAUCCUUUGGAGGAAGAUAAAAGGAAAGCAAGAGCACUCAGAUUUUCGAAUGCAUCAUCAACUCCUAUACCUCAAGUCAAUGGAGAGGGGAAUGUUGAACCUAAGGCAGCUAUUGCGGGCAAUGCUGGAGGAGGGACCUGAAUCGCUGCUUGAUCCCGUAGCUGUAGGAAUUUUUCUUUUUUCUUUUCUAGUUUUUAGUGGUUCAAGAUCCCAAGAAUAGCAUCCACACCGUAUCUACUUGUCUACAAGUUAAUCCCUAGAAGCAUCUAUCUUUCGUUUGUUUGCUGGUGCCUUCCUCUAAGCCAUGGAACAUGCGGUCUGAAGAAGCUUGCUCUCUGGGUUAUUUAUACCAAUGGGUAAUUAAUGGCCAUCUUCUUGGUGUUACUUAUCUUAAAGUUUGCAAAGAUUUGAAUUUUGGAAUUUACAGCCUUGAAAAAUUUAAAUGGAAUGAAUGUUUUGCAAAAGAGAAGCUAGUUUAUUCUCAAUUUCUUUCAUCCCUAUCACUGCCCUCCAUCUAUUCACUCUAAUCUACUGCUUGUGAAAUGCCAAUUAUCAUUGUGCCAUAAUGUAGUACCAGGUUGGUUUUGUUGUUCCGACAUCAUGCUGAUCCAGAAUCUUCUAAUGUUAGGAUAGGUUCUGUUACUAAUUUUUCUUCAGAGUGGUGGUUAAUUGAGAAAAUAGGCCCUUGAAUGUAGAAACGCUUGCAUAGGUCGAAUUUGUUUCAGGUUUUUUGUUUUUGAAUGGCUACUGGUAAUGGCUUCAUCUUGACUUGCAUUUCAAACGACUGUUUCUCAAUCCAUUUGAGUUGUUCGUUACUAUAUGUUAGCUCCAACUUUAAUCUUUUACAGUUCUAUUGUGUUUAGAUCUUGUUGGAACGUAGCAGUUAAAGCACAAAACAUGGUUUACUAAGCAUGUUCCUUGAAAAGGGAUCAAUAAGACUGUUUUGGUGGUUGUAGAAAUGUAUCAAGUUUGGUAUAGAGUAUUGUGUUUCCUUACUGGAUCAGCAGAAAUGUCGUAGCUUAUGUUCCUGGUACUAUCUUCUGGCACUAGGCUCAUGAAAAAAUGAGGGUGAAUACUGGUAUGCUGAGUGUUUCAAGUGAAAACUAAGGAGUGGCUGUUUUCAUAGCAGGUUCUAAAACUCGUUUAUUUUCAAGGCUGUAGCUUCCAAUUUUUAUGAUCUUUGCUGUGGUACCUUAAGAUAAGUGAACCUUUUGAAGAUGUUUCUUAUAAUUGUAUAUUUGUAAUACUGGAUGUGGAGGGAUCUCUUUACCUUUUCUGUUUUAUUAUUACCUUGUAAUUUAAUUUAAAGCUUUUUGUUUGGAUCAAAGUUUGAACUUUUAGAGAAUGGAGAUAUCCUUUUUCCGGGGUUAGCA